AUGCGCGAUAUUGUGCAAGCGCUGGGCGAAGAGUACGGCGUCAAUCAGGUCGGGAGUAUAUCAUCGAAGACCUCCAGGAGAAUAAGUCUAAGACAGAUUUGUUACCGAGACAGAGAGAGCUUGAAGCGCUUGUCAUGCCGUGAACUGUCAGAGCACUGGUCGCAGCAAGCAUCACAGGACGCAUGCAAGCAGCCGGCGGGUCGUCCAAAGUUGCGCACUCUGACCGAGCAUGGAGCACGAUAG